CACAGUUAUCAUUUCAUCACGACCAACUAGCUCCCAGUUCUGCAAGUUACACUGACUAGGCACAACUUCAGGAACACACACACACACACACACACGCACAACUUCAGGAACACACACACACACACACACAGUGUCACAUGGAAGUCUAAAGUCUGAUAUUUGUAGAAUAGUGGGUUUAUAAAUUAACAGGCAACUGUUCUGAAUCCCCUCCAGACACCCUGCUACACACAGCAUCAGGUUAACAAAUCCAUUUAUUGGUCACAUACACAUAUCUAGCUCCAACAGGGCAGUAAUAUCUAACUUAAUGCUUGUGUUCCUAGCUCUGCUCGCAGGGCAAGAAGGUGGAGACAACGACACACUGGGCGAGAAGGUGGAGACAACGACACACUGGGCGAGAAGGUGGAGACAACGACACACUGGGCGAGACAACGACACACUGGGCGAGAAGGUGGAGACAACGACACACUGGGCGAGACAACGACACACUGGGCGGGAAGGUGGAGACAACGACACACUGGGCGAGACAACGACACACUGGGCGAGAAGGUGGAGACAACGACACACUGGGCGAGAAGGUAGAGACAACGACACACAGGGCGAGAAGGUGGAGACAACGACACACAGGGCGAGAAGGUGGAGACAACGACACACAGGGCGAGAAGGUGGAGACAACGACACACUGGGCGAGACAACGACACACUGGGCGGGAAGGUGGAGACAACGACACACUGGGCGAGACAACGACACACUGGGCGGGAAGGUGGAGACAACGACACACUGGGCGAGAAGGUGGAGACAACGACACACUGGGCGAGACAACGACACACUGGGCGGGAAGGUGGAGACAACGACACACUGGGCGAGACAACGACACACUGGGCGGGAAGGUGGAGACAACGACACACUGGGCGAGAAGGUGGAGACAACGACACACUGGGCGAGACAACGACACACUGGGCGGGAAGGUGGAGACAACGACACACUGGGCGAGACAACGACACACUGGGCGAGAAGGUGGAGACAACGACACACUGGGCGAGAAGGUAGAGACAACGACACACAGGGCGAGAAGGUGGAGACAACGACACACAGGGCGAGAAGGUGGAGACAACGACACACAGGGCGAGAAGGUAGAGACAACGACACACUGGGCGAGAAGGUGGAGACAACGACACACUGGGCGAGAAGGUGGAGACAACGACACACUGGGCGAGAAGGUAGAGACAACGACACACAGGGCGAGAAGGUGGAGACAACGACACACUGGGCGAGAAGGUAGAGACAACGACACACAGGGCGAGAAGGUGGAGACAACGACACACAGAUGAGGCCUCAGAGUCUGAUGUUCAAGAGGUGGACAUUGAGGAGGUCCAGGGAGAAGACAUGGAAGCCUGAGAGGAAGACAACCAAAGCUUUAGUUCCUAGACUAUCAUUUUACAGAUGUUGAAAACGUUUUUUGGGAGAUACGAUGGAUCAUUGGGGAUCAUUCCCUUUCUUUGUACAGUGAAAUCAUCCCAUGUGAAGAGUCAACUCUUGUAAUUAAAGUUAAUUACCACCUGUAUAUUUACCAAAAUGUGUAACCCUAACAAUACAUCAUACAAAGCAGCUGCAACUGUCAGUAAGAGUGUCCAUGAUUGAGUCUUUGAGUGAAGAGAUGGAGAUAAAACUGUCCAGUUUGAGUGUUGGUUGCAGCUCAAUCCAGUCGCUAGCUGCAGCAAACUGAAAAGAGGAGCGACCCAGGGAUGUGUGUGUUUUGGGGACCUUUAACAGAAUGUGACUGGCAGAACGGGUGUUGUAUGUGGAGGAUGAGGGCUGCAGUAGAUAUCUCAGAUAGGGGGGAGUGAGGCUUAAGAAGGUUUAAUAAAUAAGCAUCAACCAGUGGGUCUUGCGACGGGUAUACAGAGAUGACCAGUUUACAGAGGAGUAUAGAGUGCAGUGAUGUGUCCUAUAAGGAGCAUUGGUGGCAAAUCUGAUGGCCGAAUGGUAAAGAACAUCUAGCAGCUCGAGAGCCGCCCUUACCUGACGAUCUAUAAAUUACGUUUCCGGAAUCUAGCAUGGGUAGGAUGGUCAUCUGAAUCAGGGUUAGUUUGGCAGCUGGGGUGAAAGACAGAUUGAGAAAACCAAGUCUAAAUUUAACUUUAGCCUGCAGCUUUGAUAUGUGCUGAGAGAAGGACAGUGUACCGUCUAGCCAUACUCCCAAGUACUUGUAUGAGGCGACUACCUCAAGCUCUAAACCCUCAGAGGUAGUAAUCACACCUGUGGGGAGAGGGGCAUUCUUCUUACCAAACCACAUGACCUUUGUUUUGGAGGUGUUCAGAAUAAGAUUAAGGGAUUAAGGGAAGAGAAAGCUUGUUGGACACUAAGAUAGCUUUGUUGUCGAGCGUUUAACACAAAAUCCAGGGAGGGGCCAGCUGAGUAGAAGACUAUCAUCUGCAUAUAAAUGGAUGGUAGAGCUUCCUACUGGCUGAGCUAUGUUGUUGAUGUAAAUUGAGAAGAGUGUGGGGCUAGGAUCGAGCCUUGGGGUACUCCCUUGGUGACAAGCAGUGGCUGAGACAAACGCAUUUUUAUUUUUAAAGUUUACGUUCAAACGGCUCUUAAACCCGCGACAUACACUUAGUUUCCUUAAACGGGUCACGAUUUAGGUAAUACGCUUCUAGUGUUAACGUGCAGAAUACCCAGGCUUUUACGACAGCAGGAAUCAGUUAGAUAGAGCAUAAGUCAGAAUUGGGGUUAGCAAUUGUAGAUGGGCCAGGGUGUACAUGCACAUUUCCAGAUAUCAUCAGCAGUGAUACAAUCAGGGCACGGCAGAGGACAGGGCGAGCUCUGCAGAGUUGAUUUAUAACAUUUGAAUGUGCAUUAGGAUGGCAACAACAUCAUAUUACACAA